AUGACUUCUCGACAAGGCAGUAGAAAGAGGAUUUCCGGGAAUGAUCGGGAGCCUCGAUUGUAUGCACUGGCAGUGGAAAAAUUGUCCCACCAGAUGGGGAGGGCAGUGAGCUAUGAAGUACAAAAUAGGCAUUAUGGGCAAUGUUAUUACCUUGGUGAUGGCAUUUACCUAAAAUGGGCCGCAUUUGUUCAAGCAAUCAAAAACCUGAGGACGUCGCAGACAAAACAUUUCAUAAGGAUGCAAGAAGCAUACAGAAAAGAUAUGGAGAGAGCUUUUGGUAUUCUUCAAGCUCGUUGGGCAAUCAUAAGAGGGCCAGCUCGUGGAUGGAGUAAGGAGAAUCUUCGGUUCAUCAUGAUGACGUGCAUUAUCUUGCACAAUAUGAUUGUUGAAGAUGAGCAUGAUGAAGAUGCAGCUGAGCCAUUUGAUCCGAAAGACAUUCCCACCAUACCAAAAAAAGCACAUAUAUAUGACAGAAUCCCUGAUCAAGACACCUCUGUUUAUCAUAAUCCGAACCGGCUAAAUCAAUUCAUGCGUCGCUAUAGGGAGUAA